GUAAAGGUCAAGGCUUUGAGUUUCGUUUCUUCUUCAGACCAAAAACACAGCGAACUAGGGUAGAAUAGAGUGAAGUGGGUAGAGAGAAAUCGAUUCGAAGUUCCGUCCUUUUGGGAUAAGAUUCUCCGCCGCUCAUAGAGAGUAACAAUGGCUGCUGAAGUAGUGAAGGAUGUUGGAAGAGCAAUCGAUGAGGAGGAGCCUGUUGGUGAAAAGAGAGAAAGAGAAGAGGAAGCUGAAACAUUGGCGCCGUGGGAGCAACACGCGAGCAUCAUAAGCAUCCCUCGUUUCGACUACACAGCUCCUUCUUCUCUGCUUCAUCAUUCUCAUUCCGGCUUCCUCGUCACCUGUGGCAUCAAAAGGGAGAAGAGUGCUACCAAAGAGGUCAUGUCCAUCCUUGUAAAGGUGUUAUCGCCUAUAGGUGAGGAGAAAGCUGAAGUUUUGAAGUCUUCUGAUGCAUCUAAAAGACAAAAACUUUGUGCACAAGAGACAGUAGAAGACGAAGCCAAGAUCGAACCUCUCAAUGCUGAUGCUCAGGAAGCAGGUGAAAAGCCAAAUGCUGAGGAUCUCAAAUCGGCCAAAGAGAGCGUCAGUGAAGAACAUAAGUCUCUCAUGUCAUUGGUUAAGCUGACAAAGAGUGGCUUGCUUCUUUUCACUUUCCCUGUUGGAAACUCUACGGAUACUACAGAUAUCGUGUCGAGAAUCUUCCAGUUUAUGGAAUCUGGAGCUCUGAAGGCACCUGUAUGGUGCCAUCGGAUAUUCCCUGUUCAAGCCACAUGUGCUUUGACAGAGAAAGAACUUCAGGAAACAGUAUCAAAGCUUGUUCAGCGGUUUGUUGAUGAUAAACAAAACACACUAUCCAAACCUGUGAAGUUUGCAGCUGCGUAUAGCCGAAGAGGUGUGGAGGAGACGAAAGGAAAGAUUCAGAAAGCAUCAGAGGUUCUAGAACAAUGUCCUUUACUGGACCGCAAUAAAUGCUUUGAAACUGUUGCGGCCGGAGUGAAAGCCAUUGUACCUGACUCAGCUGUGGAUCUCAAAUCUCCAGAGUUAUGCGUUCUGGUGGAGCUCCUACCGCUCUCUAGAAUACCAAAUGGAUCCUAUGUAGCUGCUGUUUCAGUGCUCCCACAUAGGCUAGUCAGCACAAAGCCUAAACUCGUGAUCAAGCCUCUUGUCGCUGAGACAAAACAGAAGAAGAAGGGACAAAACUGAUGAAUGCAAUGGCAUAAAACAGCAUUUGAGUUUGUAGAGCUUGAAAAAAGAUCAGUUGAAGUUGUAUCUCUCUCUGUUUUAGUUUCCGUAUGUCUUUUGCUUUCAGUGCCUCUCAUGACCAUUAACAAGUUUGAUGGGGCGUUUGAUGGGGCAUGUAAUCUCAAGAUCUUUCAAAGGUGUUUGAUACUCAAAUUACAAAAGCAAUUCGGUUUAAUUGGAUACUGAAUUUAUAUUCAGAUUCCCGUUCAA